CGAGUGAGUGAGUGUGUGCAAAACAUUCAUGCCAAAAGGCAUCAUCAUCACCACUCCAGCUCAAUACCCAUCAGUGAAGGCUGAAAGAAAGGUUCUGCCUGCCUCCUCAAUUAGUAGAAGGAAGCGGCAUACACAUACAAGAGAGAAGAGACGAAGGCAGCAUGGGCUUUCAACUUUAAUUAGUUAGAAUAAACCAAACGGCCUGGAUGGUUUUCUUUUUUUUCUUUUUCUUUUCUUUUCUCCUUCUUUCUUUAUUAUAUCCUGUUUCUGUUUCUGUUUCUCUCUCUCUUUAUUAAUUUCUCCUUUUUCCUCUUCUCACAUAAUUAAACCGCGCAGCCUAGCUAUUACUACAUACAUCCGCUUCAUAAAUUAGCAAAGUCUUAAAGGUGCUAUUCUGUGCUAUGUGUUUGAAGCCACACCCAACUUUUCCUUUAUUAUAAAUUUUUAUUCGUCACUGCAGAGAGAGAGAGAGAGAGCUCUAUGUGGUUUAUGCUUAAUUUCUAUGGUUAAAGCAGCAGCCUGGAGCCACUAGCUAGUUUCUAAAUAAUCGAAUCGUUAUCUGAUGAAUUAGAUGAUUGCAAGAUGUGAUCCAGUUCCAAUAUAUAUUAAUCAAAGUGUUGGAUUUGUGAGUUAUAGAUAGAAGAGAAUGAUGAUAAGUAGUAGUAGCAGUAGUGGAUUGUUGCAUAGAAAAAGAAUUGAAAAUAACAAGGAAAGAAGUAGAAUCGAUGAAUAAGAUGGAUCUGAUAGAUGCGAAGCUGCAAGAAGAGCAUCAAUUGUGUGCAUCAUCGUGGAAACAGUGCCCCGCUUGUGGACAUAAGUUUGAAGGCAGCAGCGGGAAGAAGGGGGAGUGGGAGUGGGUAGGUCUGCCAGCAGGAGUGAAGUUCGAUCCAACAGACCAAGAACUGAUAGAGCAUCUAGAAGCAAAAGUAGAGGCAAAGAGAUCGCACCCUUUGAUCGAUGAGUUCAUUCCCACCAUCGAAGGAGAAGAUGGAAUCUGUUACACCCAUCCCGAGAAGCUUCCAGGUGUGACGAGGGAUGGGUUGAGCAGACACUUCUUUCACAGGCCAUCAAGGGCGUACACCACUGGAACACGGAAGAGAAGAAAGAUUCUUCAAAACGAUGAGGCAGAGGCCGAGAGAGGAGAGACACGGUGGCACAAGACCGGUAAGACAAGGGCCGUUAUGCUCAAGGGAAAGCAGAAGGGGUGCAAGAAGAUUCUGGUGCUGUACACCAACUUCGGCAAGAACAGGAAGCCUCAGAAGACCAACUGGGUCAUGCAUCAGUACCACCUCGGACUCCAUGAAGAGGAGAAAGACGGGGAGCUCGUCGUCUCUAAGAUUUUCUACCAAACUCAGCCCAGGCAAUGCAGUUGGUCGUCUUCUUCUUCUUCUUCUUCAAUUACUGCUGCUGCUCCCUCUCUCAAAACUAAUAAUGACACGUGUCCCGUUCUUGGAUUCCCUCCUAUGGAACAUUUCAGCAGCUUCAUUCCUCUCAGAAAACCCCUCCAUAAUGAGCAGGAAGUUGGAAUAGGAGGGGAAACUUGCACACCAGCGUCACAUAUUCCUUCAUCAAAUCCUGUUGGAGUCUUCCAUCACAACACUUCCAUCAUCCUUGACGACCUUAUCUCCGCUAGAUUCAUGACUCCUCCUCCUCCUCCUCAUUUCCACCAGCAGCAUGAUAAUAAAGUAGUAGGAGGAACCUCUGCUUCUGGUUUAGAGGAACUCAUCAUGGGCUGCACUUCAACUUCAACCACUCAUAAUAUCACCAAAGAGGCAUCAAUGACAAACACAAACCCACAAGAAGCUGAGUGGUUGAAGUACUCUUCUUAUUGGGCUGACCCUCUGCCUCAGCCUCAGCCUCAUCUUCAUGGGGCGUGGCUUUUCGAGUCUCAACGGAAAUAACUGCUGCAUGUGUGCACUGUAACGGCACAUACAUCAAGUUGGAAACAAACAACAAAGGAGGGAAGAACAAAUUGAAUCAAAUUCAAGAAAAUGAAAAUAACCGCAAGAAAAUUAAAGCUGCUGUUCUACCUCCUCAUCACACAAAGAAACAGUUUGAUAAUGCAUCAAAAUCAUCACUAUUACCAAUAUAGUAUCUU